GACGAGUUUUCGAUUAUAGGGAAAAAUGUUGCUGCGAAACUUCGGAAAUUGUCAGCAGAGACCAAGAUUUAUACGGAAAAACUAAUAAAUGACCUAUUAUUCCAAGCAGAACUUGGAAAAAUUUCCGAAAAUACGAAAAUUAUAACAGAAAUAAUCCAGCCAACAGGACGCAGACGUGGGGUAAUAAUGGACGACUACUUCGACUACGAACACGAACGUCGGGCGAAAAAUCCGCAUCAGCGACUUGCCGAUGAUAAUAUUAAAGCGAAACGUCUUUCGGAUGCCGGGUUAGAUGGGAGGAGAAGUACCGAUGAAGAUCCGGAAUUGCUAGAUCAAUUCGAUAAUUUUUAUCAGACGACUAAGAGUUUGUUGGUUUUGUUUCAAAUUAUGGGGGUGAUGCCUAUUGAACGAUCUGGAAAAGGAAAUACCACAUUUAGGUGGUUUUCAGGAACUGCAAUCUACGCAUAUGUUAUAUUUGCCGCUGAAACUGUAUUUGUAACCAUAGUUUUUAAAGAACGUCUCCUAUUAAUUCUUCAAAAAGGUAAACGUUUCGACGAAUAUCUCUACGGUAUAAUUUUCUUAAGCAUCCUGGUGCCUCAUUUCUUAUUACCGAUAGCUGCGUGGACUAACGGCAAUGAGGUGGCAAAGUUUAAAAAUAUGUGGACGAGAUUCCAAUUAAAAUAUUACCGAAUAACGGGUACCGCGAUUAUUUUUCAUAACUUAUCGUUAAUAACAUGGAGCUUGUGCAUAUUUUCUUGGGCUUUAGGAAUAGCAUUAAUGGUCGCCCAGUAUUAUCUGCAACCGGACAUGCAAUUAUGGCACACCUUCGGUUAUUACCACAUCUUGGCAAUGUUGAAUUGUCUGUGUUCGUUAUGGUUUAUAAACUGUACGGCUAAAGGCCGCGUGGCUAAAGAUUUAGCUCAAAAUCUUCAUUACGCGUUAGAAUCUAACGAUCCAGCUAGUAAAUUAGCAGAGUACAGAGACUUGUGGGUCGAUUUAUCCCAUAUGAUGCAACAAUUAGGAAAAGCUUACAGCGGAAUGUACGGAAUGUACUGCAUAUUAAUACUUUUAACCACAAUCGUUGCUAGUUAUGGGUGUUUAACAGAAAUUUUGGACCAUGGGUUAUCGUUUAAAGAAGCUGGUUUAUUUCUUAUUGCUUUUUACUGCUUGAGUUUGUUGUUUAUUAUUUGUAAUGAAGCUUAUCAUGCCUCCGCUAAAAUGGGACCUGGAUUUCGGGAACGAUUACUUAAUGUAAAUUUAGCAGCUGUAGAUACAAGAACAAGACAGGAAGUUCAUAUGUUUUUGACGGCUAUUGAUAAAAAUCCGCCUGUUAUGAAUUUGAAUCAAUAUACGGAUAUUAAUAGAAAACUUAUUUCAAGUACUUUAACCUCAAUGGCAACAUACUUGGUGAUGUUAAUGCAGUUUAGAGCUACCUUAAUGCGAAAUUCUGCGUUACAAGUACAUCGAACGGCAUCGAGCAAUCUCAAUAAAACGAUAUGAGGCGUAGUAGAAUGAAAGAAAGUUCUGCAAGUUGCCGAGUGUGUUCAAGAAUAAAAAAACACCAACUCUUCUUUAUGUUACUAAAGAGACAUAAGUUUACGUAUACGUGACGAGAAUGCAGUUGAUUUAACUAAUAUAAUAUUAGACAACAAAUUUGAAGAAUUGGAUGUAUUCAUGAAGACGUCAUUUGCAGAGGAACCUUAACCGCCGAAGAAAUUAUUGCUUCAGUGCAAGUUCAAAACGAAAACAAUAAUAGUUACCAUAAAGAUGGAUUCAUUAUAAUCGGACAUCACAUUUCAUGAUUUUUUACUCAAAAAAACGUUU